AUGUUUGCAGAUGUGAAACAGAGUGAGAGUUCAUUAUUAGUUGGAGGAGCAUUGACGUGUCAUUCUUGUAAGCACGUAUGUGCCGAUGUUUGGGGCCUUCUUAAGCAUGUUUUCUUUGCUCAUGGCCUUCGUAUCUGUGAGGAAGAAAUGCCAUGUAUGCCUCGCAGUGCACUGCCAAAAUCGUCGGUAAUUACCUCAUCAUUAACGUCAACAUCAUCAUCACUGUUAACACCAAGAACAUCAAUGCCUCCACCAACUCUUACAUUUACAAGUCCCUUCAAUACUACGGCUGCGAAAAGUAGAGGUGGAUUUAGUCUGAAUGCAUUUUGCUCCGAGCGGCUGAGAGAAAUAGCCGAGAAAGCAGGAGAGCCUUUGACUGAUUUACGUCAUGUAAUGAGUUCCAGUGUAGUAUCGAAUAGAAGUAAUGAACAUUUUAAAACUUCGAAUAUGAAAAAGACGCUAGUUUCGGAAAAUACAGAUGAAGAGCAUUCUGCAUCUGCUGCUACAGCAUUUCUUCCAGGAUCGACUCUCAGUAAUGUUUCUAAUUCCCUUACAGCUGCUACAUUAGCUGCAGUUGCAUUACAGCAACAACAACAACACCAACAAAAGCGUCAACAUCAACAACCUUCAUUACAGAAUUUAUGGAUGCAACCCAAUAUACCGAAUAUGCUAGCUUUGAUGCAAGAAUAUUAUGCACAAUUUUCCUUAAAUAAUGCUGCAUCCUAUUUGCUUAAUACUGGAAGUUCUUCAGUUACUUCAAAUAAUAACACUGGAAGUGCUUUCAAUGCUGUUCCGAAAAUUACUAGCAGUCCUGAAGAACCAUCACCUGUGGCACCUAAUUCAGUAACACAUUCAUUGGGACUGAGUACCUUUGGUAGAUCCGAUGUUUCAGUACAUGAUCAGCUGUCAAGUCCAAAUUUUAAACAAAUACCUUGGAAUGGUAUGACUGCACUUGUAGGAAAAAGACAUCGAUCAUCUAAUAAUGGUUCCGAAACUAUGUCGCCAUCGAUACCAUCUGUAGCUCCACCACAAAAGUUAUCAAGGCUCGAUGGACAUAAUGAUGAGAGUACUGAAGAUACUAAAUCUACCAUGUUGAAUGUUGUGGAUGAUGAUGAUUUGGCAUUCGCUGAGCCUGCAGCUCGUCGUGAUACAACGGCUAAAAAGGAUCGAUGUACAUUUUGUUGUAAGGUUUUUACGAAUCGUUCCAAUUUGAUUGUGCAUUUGCGAAGUCAUACUGGAGAAAAGCCGUACAAAUGUCGCUUAUGCUCUUACGCUUGUGCUCAAAGUAGUAAAUUAACUCGACACAUGCGCACUCAUGGUCAGCAAGGAAAAGAAACUUACCACUGCAAUAUUUGUCAAAUGCCAUUUUCUGUGCACUCAACUCUCGAAAAGCAUAUGCGAAAGUGUGUUGUGGCUAGUAAUCAAAAUCGAGAAAAUAACCAACAGCUUUCUUCGAUUGAUGUCACUAACAGCAAGAUAGCUACUUCAUCGUCAUCAGCGCUUGCAGAUGCUACAUCACUUCUUGCCCUCUCUAGUGUUUCACUGAAUGAUUCACAGUUACCGGCAAAUAUUACUCAGAGUAAUCAAAUUGUACUCAACUGGCUGCAGGCGAUGAAUGGAAAUCGAAUUUCAACUCCAGUAUCAACAACACCACGAAAUGGAGGUGCUGUUGGUCUUACUGAUGCUCACGAUGUAAGCAACUCAACGCUUCCAGGUGGAAAGGAAGAUGGUGGAGUUGCCACUGCAGGUGUUGAAGGUGGAGGGGAAGACGAAGAAAUGGUCGCGGGAACAUGCCAAUCUUUUACUGAUAUGCAAAAAACUUUGCUAAAACAGGAAGCUACAGCAUUAUCGUCGUGA